CCAAUAACAUAAUUCCAUAGAACCGAAAAAUUAAAUAAAAUAAUACUACUAAUUAUGUUGAGUAUGAAUUGCAAAGUAUUUGAUGCAGAUUUUCAGUCUCUCUCUCUCUCUCUUCAAUUAUAACCUACGAAAUAACUCUUCCAUCUUCUUCACUCACAAACGGCGGAAGAAGUAGGGUUCGAUUGUAGUUUCUGAUUCCAGCGACGGCGGGACAAUGGCGAGGACGAAGAAUGCAACGGCAGCGCGAGGCAAAAGCAAAGAAGUGAGUAAAGACAAACAAAUCCAUGAGAAUCCCAAAACUGGAGUUACGAACUGCCAAGCAACUAAAGUUCAUACGAAGAACAAGGGAAAAGGUGUGUUGCAAAGUUCUGGAUCCGAAGCUGAUGUAACGAAUUUUGAAGUUCGUACAAAACAUAAGAACGAUCCUUUAAUGGUUGAAUUAAAAAGGGCUGUAUUUGCAGCCAAUGCUCGUAAGAGGAAAGCAAAUGAAAUCGGGGGCUCGUCAGGUGAUAUACCAAUCCAGCAGCCCGAUAAUAUCGUAGUGUCUGAUGCGCCACUGUCGCCUGUUGCCAUGGCGAAAAAAAUUCGUAAAGAAAAACGCCAGGCUUCCUUAGAGAACUACAAACAGUUGCAAGUUCGGCCUGCUGAGGACUACCCGUCUCUUUUCACAAGAAGCACCCCAUGUGUCAUGUAUAAGGCUGUCAGGGAGAUGAGUGAUCUUCAACACUUUGCUGUUGCGCAGAUGGGUUUCGAUCAUCUGUUGGAACUAUUAGUUAAGGAUAUGCCGGGGAAGCUUAACUACUGGUUGUUAGAUCGAUUCAACUAUAAGAGGUGUGAGAUUCAGCUUUCGUGCGGAACCAAAAUACCAGUCACUGCAGAUGAUGUUUAUAGGGUAUUUGGGUUCCCCAACGGGGGGAAGGAGAUGCCACUGCUAAAUAGGGAUGAUACUACUCCGUUGUUGGAGCAAUGGAGGGCAUUCUUUCCAAACACAAAUCCGAGGAACAUUAAGAUAAACGAGCUUAAAGAUGUCAUGCUUUCAUGUGAAGAUGGAGGGAGGUGGUUCAAAAUACAUUUCAUGUUGAUGGUUGCGCACUGCCUUAUCGAAAGCACAGCUAAUGGGUGCGUAUUUCCAAGAAUAAUUGGUUGCCUUGAAGAUCUGGACACAGUUAGAGAUUGGAAUUGGUGUGAGUAUGUAAUUGAUUCGUUGAUUAGGAACAAGAAGGACUGGGAGAUUAAUACGGCACAGUAUUACGUUGGACCCACAUUAUUCCUGACGGUGUUUUAUGUAGAUAGGGUCCGUUGGGCAAACAAUAAGAUUUGCAGGAAAUUUCCAUUAUUUAUGAAUUGGGAUUCAAAGAAAUUGCGUGACAGGGAAUCGAAUGAGAUUGCAUCCAGUUCGUUUGGAGAUGGAAUCGUGUUGGAUCCUAUAAUUGUGGAGGAGCCGUUACUGUCUGCCUCGGCUAAGUUGGGCAAGAAGUUGGAGUUGUAUUUGAGGACAAGAGAUGAAAUCUUCCAAAUGAUCAAUUCGGCUAAGGAUGAACUCUUAGUGGAUGAGGACUUCAAGAUGAAGUUAGAGGAGACAAGAACUCAUCUAAUAUCACCACCGUAUCUGCUCACAUCUUUUCCGGUUGACAGGGUGAAGAUUCCAGAUGAGAAUGUUGAUGAGGUGAUCGAAUCGCCAAAGAAGACAAUUGACAUUGAUGAUGAAUUCUGGUCUGAUCCCGAAGUGGAGAGAUCGUGCGAGGAGAUAAUUAAAAAGACUUGUGCCCAAAAUACGGUUAGUGCUGAUGGUCCUUCGUUCAGCCUUGGACUAACACAAUACAUGAGGGAUGACUCAACGGUUCCGGGAGUAACUGGAGAACAAUCUACUGUUUGUCGGGUGAUGGACAUAUUGUAGAUUUACUUAUUGGUCUAUAUUUUUGGUGCAUUUACAAGUGGACGAAGUGGCAGGUGAUGGACAUAUUCCUAAUUCGAAUGAGGUGGACGAAGUGGCAGGUGAUGGACAUAUUCCUAAUUCAACUGAGAGUGCGGAAGUACAAAAUCCAUUAUCUGUAUCUGCAACUACCCAGUGUGGAUUUGAAGGAAGCUCGGCUGGAAUUGUUGGUGAAGUGCAACCAGGAAAGGGUAUGGUGCCUUGCCGCGGUGUGAGGACAAACAUCGCCGGACGUGCAAAAAAGAAUGGGGAGGAUAACAUGUUGUUUGAGAAUCCUACAACUUUGGUAAAAAGACUUCGUAGUGGUAGGAUGUAAACAAAUUCGAUAUGGUUGUAAAUUUAUAACAUGUCAUUCAGGUGAAGGGUGCGUGCGUUGGUGCAGAACCAGGAAAUCGAUUGGUCUUGCAACCUUUGGUGCAAAACGUACGUGUUUUUUUUGACGAACUUUAUGGAGACAUGUUGCAUGUUGUUGUGGAUAUGACUAUUAUGCGAGAAGUAUUUUGAAAUAUAUUAGUUGGAUGAAAUCAUUUGGUAUUGAAAGCCGCCUUUAUCUAGUCCUCUUGCAUGAUAAUUAUCUGUCUUGUUAGUGUUUAGAAUAUUGUUUAAAUUUGAUGUUGAUUCAUUAGGAAUUGAUUGUUCUUUUAAAAUGUUACACAAUGAAUUAUAGAAACAAUUUAUACGAAUUAUAUGGCAUUUAAGAAUUAUUUUGUGUUUAUUAGCAUGUCUUAC